CACCCAGAUUCGAGCCUGCCGAUGUCAGUCAUGUGGACGGUGACGUCAUUCACAUAAGUGUACAGACAGCCGGUGGGAUUUGUCCAACAAAGUAUACUUUUUGUACAUAUGUUGCUGAGCCAGUUAUUGCCGGUAAUCUGAAUUGCAACAAAAGCUUUUGCCUGUGACGCGCGAUUAGAGAUGGGUUUGCAAGACGCCGUGUAUACGGUAGUCACCACACCGUUUAACGUAAUUUACAAAACUAGUGUGGGAACUGCCUCGUAUGCUUGGGGUGCGGCUUCAUCGGCGACGGAUUACCUGGGAUUAAAACCCAAAGUAGAAAUUAAAAUGGCACCACCUGUACCUUUAUGGAAAUUAGCCGCUGCCAGUGGUCCUUAUGUAAAGCUCGCAGCUAUCAGUGGUGCAGCAGCAGUGAUCCUUGGUGCUGUUGGAUCCCACAGAUAUUAUUCCAAGGAUGAGAUAGGGAAGGAGCAACGUCGUAUUUUUGAAACUGCAAAUCGAUAUCAUUUUAUCCAUACAUUAGCCUUGUUGGGAUUACCUUUAUGCAGAUUCCCAACUGUGGCUGCUACAUUUAUUCUUUCUGGGAUCUUACUUUUUUGUGGUAGCUGUUAUUAUACAGCAUUCGUCGGUGAUCGACGAUUUAGUACAACAACUCCAAUUGGAGGAUUCUGUUUCAUAUUAGCGUGGUGCAGUAUGUUUUUUUAAAUAUUGUAAGUGGAUAAGUUUUCAUACACACAAUAAGUAAAACAAAAAUCCAAAAAAAAAUAUGGAAUAUUGCAUAAAAAUGAAUACAAUAUUUGCUAAUAUUAAUAAUAUCAUAAGAGUUAAAGAUUUAUAAAAAAAAAAGGAGAAAAACAAAAAUAUUAUAAGAGUAAAUUAUGUAGAAUAAUUUUUUACAAUGUAAGUACAUAUUGGUAUCGGGCAUGUUUUUGAGCCAAUAAUUAUAAUUUUUUUUUUUUAAGAUAUGUAAAAGAAAGUAAAAAAA